AUGCCGAUACCAAGUAUUGACUUUUCACAUGGGGAUGUGGCGAGAAGACAGAACCUCGUACGCGAGAUCCGGGACGCGUGCGAGACCUACGGCUUCUUCGAGCUCACCGGCCAUAGUAUUCCCCAAUCACUCCUCGAUGAGGUGAUUGAGCAAAGUAAGCGAUUCUUCUCUCUUCCCGCCGAGACCAAGGAGAAGUAUGACAAGGGUCUCAACAAUUUCAAUCGGGGAUACGAGCGUCUACGGAGCCAAAAUUUCGAAAAGAAGACCGAAGGCGACCUGAAGGAAGGAUACUAUUUCGGCUUGGAUCUUCCCCUCGAUCACCCUCAAGUUGUCGCUCGAAAGUUCAAUCUCGGACCGAACGUAUAUCCCAAAGAGGUUCACGAUGCUGCUCAAUUCAGACGAAUCAUUGAUGAAUAUUUCACCUCUAUGCUAAAGCUAUCCGAGACCAUUUUUCGCAUUUUAUGCGAGACGCUUGAGGUUGACAAUAGCUGGGUCUCGGAGUUUGUCGACACGCCCAUCGCCAUUCUUAGGCUUCUGCAUUACCCCCCACAAGCCCCGGAUGCUUCAGAGUGGGAAAGAGGUAUCGGAGCACAUACGGACUUCGGUGCUAUCACCAUUCUUCUUCAGGAUAUGGUUGGAGGCCUUCAGGUCUGGGACCGCGCGGAGGCUCAAUGGACUGAUGUGAAACCAACCCCGGGCGCUUUCGUCGUGAAUCUUGGAAACUUGAUGAUGAGGUGGACAAACGACAGAUACCUAUCGAAUUUGCAUCGCGUUAUUAACAAAUCUGGGGAGGAUAGAUAUAGCAUCCCCUUUUUCUUCUCGGGAAAUCCCGACUUUCUGGUCAAGUGCUUUUCCAACUGCCAGGACGGUGAAGGAAAGAUGAAGUAUCCCCCAGUCACUGUUGGCGAAUGGAUCUCGGCAAGGUAUGCAGAUACGUACGGGACCUCGGGAGAAAAGGCCGCGGGCGAGUUGUCCGCUGAGGCAGCGGCGGCUUCCUCGUAG